AAGUUAGUCAUUAGUGUUAGUACUUGGUUGGUUCCUUAGUUGCUUCAUCUUCACACUUUCUCUCCACGUCACACUUUCUUCAUGUUUCAACUGCCAACUAAACUACUCUGCUUUUUCAUUUUCCUUUUACACGAUCCUUUAUUUUUUUCCUCCAAUCUGGGUUUCACUACUCAUUCAGAGCUUCAAUUGAAUUUGAUUUUUUGAGUCACGGAUAUGUUACAUAUGGCUUUUUCAUGCUUUCUUAAACUAUCUUUCAAAUUCCUUCAUCAUUUCGCAUGGCCUCUUGUUGCUCUGGUGUAUCCUAUGUGUGCUUCCAUUCAAGCAAUCGAGACUGAUUCUUAUGCAGAAACUAAGAAUUUGAUCUCAUAUUGGAUACUUCUUUCAUUCAUUUAUCUCUUUGAGUAUGCUUUUAUCACCCUUCUACCAUGGUUGUGGGUCUGGCUGUACGUUAAGCUAAUGAUCAUCUUCCUGCUCACCAUACCGGACUUUGGACGAGCUACUUAUGUUUAUAAUAACCUUAUCCGCCCCAUGAAAUUGCAAAUAGUCGUCGCAUGGAGGUUUAAUGAGUACUGGAGGAAGUGUUUUGUUGAGAAAGAUGACUUUUUAAUGCAUGCAGAGAGAUAUGUGAAAGAAAAUGGAACUGAAGCCUUAGAGAAACUCAUUGCUAGUAAGAACACAAUGUGUAGGCCUGAUGCAGAAGUGACAAACGAAAUCAUAUCUACUGAUAAUAAAGAAAUGCUAAAGACAAAUGGUGAACGACUCCAAACUGAGCACCUAGACAUCAAAGAUUUGGAGGCUAUUGAAAAAAGAGAAACUCCUGCCACCAAGCAAGAUAUUCCUGUCAUACCUAAAGUUGGGCCAAGUCAAAGUGCAUCAUCAGCCACAACCAAAGGAACAGCGGAGAAUGACAGAGCUGGUGGAGAGGUUCCUCAGAGUUCUACUUCUACACAGAAGGAAAUGCAGAAAGAGUGGACUUGUGCUUUAUGUUUGGUAACAACAUCGAGCGAGAUGACCUUGAACUCCCACCUCAGUGGAAGGAGACACAGGGCUAGAACUGAAGCUUUAAUAGCAAAGAAGCAACCUACUCUUCAGAGACAAAAGGACGCAGUGACAAAUGAAAUCUUAGCUACGGAUGAUAAAGAAAUGCUAAAGACAAAUGGAGAUCAAAGACUCCAAACAGAACAUAGAGACAUCAAAGAGAAAAAAGAAAUCCCUGCAACCAAGCAAAGAACCUAUGAUAAUACUGUGGCAAGUCAAAAGGCAUCAUCAGACAUAGUAGAAACCAAAGCAACAGCAGAGAGUGACAGAGCUGGUGGAGAGAUUCCUCAAAGUUCUUCAAGACUGAAGGAAGUGCAGAAAGAGUGGACUUGUGCUUUAUGUUUGGUAACAACAUCGAGCGAGGCAACUUUGUUUUCCCACCUCAAAGGGAAGAAACACAUGGCUAGUUGUGAAGCAGCUUUGAAAGCGAAGAAGCAAGCUGCUCUGCAGAAGCUGAAAAUCUAUCAGCCCAAAGAGGAGGUGAAACAGAAGAAUGUUAACAAUAUGUUAAAUUCGAAGGUCAAGAAUGGAGAUGGUAAUGUUAACAAAGAAGAGGAGGUGAAACAGAAGAAUGUUAACAAUGUGUUAAAUUCCAAGGUCAAGAAUGGAGAUGGUAUUGUUAACAAAGUGUUGAAGGUAGUGUUGGAUAAUAAGGUGGAAAAACUGCAAAAGAACAUGUCUGAGCUUAUUAGCAUACAUAAUUCAAAAUUAAUGUGUAGAGUCUGUAAUGCUGUACUUCAUUGUGAGAACAAUGUUGCCUCUCACUUAAAUGGGAAGAAACAUUUGGCUAACAUGCAAAGCAAAGUUGAUAGUUUAAAGAACCUUAGGGACAUUGGCAUUGCUUGAAAUGAAGCUGAAAAGGGGAAUUGGGGUAAGAAGCCUCCUUGACAUUGUUGCAGAGGAUUAAAUGGAAGUACUUGUUCAUUUUUAAGAUUUUAGUAAAAUUAAUUUUCAUGAAACUGACAUAAAUUUUUAUUUUAUUUUCUAAGAAAAAGAUUAGAAGUUGAGUUCUGGUUUGUAAUAGUAAUACUUUCUUAAAAGUGAGCUUAGAAAAUGUUAUCUUUUGAUGGUUGUGUU